AUGCUUGUAUUUGCAGCAGGAUUUAUAGCAGGCUUGUUGUCAUUUCCAUUGGCAUUCUGUCUGAUUCCUUUUGUAGCAGGGAAGGCAUAUAAGAAAAGAAUGUUAAGGAUUGCUGAGAGAAGUAAGAAAGUGGACAUAAGUGCAGGGCAAUCGAAUGCGGUUCUCAAAGGGAUGCACAGAUGUGUUGAUGUGCAUUGGAUGAAUGUAAUGCUACAAAGGCUUUAUGUGGAGAUGUCGAAGUCGCAUGCUGUAAAACUGAAGGUAAAGUCCAUGAUACUCAAGAAAGUUGAGUCAUCGGGAAUGAACAAGUAUAUCAAAAGCAUUGAGGUGUCAGAUAUCACUUUGGGAAGUGAGGCGCCAUAUGUGAGCAGUGUGCAAGUGGUAUCUGAUGAAGAUGUGCGUAGAAUGGCAGCCUGUAACAAUGAGGACGUGAGUGUAGAAGAUGCUGAGAGGUUAUCGUCACUUGGAGAGGAAAUAAAGAAAGAUCUUGGCCUUGAUGAGGAUACAAUUAAGAGCUUGCCAAGAAGUGCUACUGAGAUUGAUAUAAGAAACUCUGUGAAUGAGAUGUGCAAGGCAGACAAGGAAAUGCUCAGCAAUGGGCUUGAGGAUGUGAUUGAUGGAGUUGAGAUCAGUAAAAGAAGGUGUGACGGUACGAAUGAUAGUCAACAGAAGAGCAUGUCUACGAUUCACACAGAACCUUAUAUUAAUACACGUGGAUCAGUUAAUUUGAGUAAUGAGAAUGGCAACGAAGAUGAAGCGUCAAGGAAGGCAUUUGAGAAUCUUCAGGUGGUUUUUGGGAUUGAUUACAAAGGAGGGCUUCAAAUCUCGCUAAGCCUAGAACUUCCUAGAAAAGUUCUCUUGAAGGUGGUUGUGAGCAUUGGAGGAGUAAGAGGAAAUGUGCUUGUUAAGAUGCCAUCUAAGAACUAUGAUACAAGAUACGAGUAUUGUUUUGUUUCGAAACCUGAUCUUGCUAUUACAGUUGAGUCAGGAAUAGUAAGCUCGCAGGGAAAGCUUGGAUUCCGAAAGUCAAUAUCGAAAUUUAUUGAGAGAUACAUUAGACAGGUUGUUUUUGGAACAAUGGUGUAUCCAUAUUGGAACGAGCAAUAUCUCCCAUUUGUGAUUCCAUCGAUUAAGGAUGUUUUGUACUCUAUUGAAAAGGUAACACCGAGCAACUUUGAAGCAGAGAUUGAAAAGAUAUCUGAACAAAUCAAACUGUAUAUUCUGAUGGAUUAUAAGAUAAUUGAGAUUGAAAACGAGAUCGUAUAUAGGAGAAUAGGAUAUUUCAUUAAUGGAAGUGAAAGAAUAUAUUGCACACACUUUGUGAUUCCACAGGUAUCACUCAAAACAUCACAUUUCUAUAGAGAUAACCGAUUUUUCAAGGGUCUGUCUGUUCAGGAAAGUCGAGUGAUGAGCCUGCUGUACAACUGGGAGAUGUUUUCGGAUGUUAUUUCAGGAUUCAAGGGGAUGAAGACGUUGCAUAUUCUUAGUUCUGAGUUUUCGCUAGUUGAGGCCGUUUUUGAUGAGGAUAGAUAUGAGUUUGUGAGGAUAGUGAUGAAGAAUGGAAUUAUAUUUCAAAGGAACGAUCCUAACAGUCCAGAGUUUAUUGUGUUCAGGAUAUCUGAAGAGGUUUUGUAUGUUUACCAGUAUGUGAAGACAAGGAAACUUAUGAUGAACAAGAAAAGGAUGUCGAAAGUGAAGAGCAAGCUUGAAUUGAAGCCUUUUACUUCGCUAGGACUGGUGUCGUUAUACAGACUGAUUAAGUUUUCAAAACAAACAGCACUCAGUUAUUUCAAGCCAUCCUCAGAUUUGUGUAAUGAAGAUGACGAAGGAUGCGGAGUAUAUAAAGAGCAGAAAGAGAUUAUAAUUACCGACAUUAAAGAAAAGCCAACAACUGAGCUUGUGGAGAUAUUUGAGGAUAUAAUUGCAGAUGUCAAUACAUCCAAGUAUGUUUUGAAAAGUAUAUGCUCCAGAGCAUUGCCUGAGAGUAUAUAUCGAGUUCUAAAACAAGAUGAAGUCCGAAUGAAGCUGUUUUCUGAAUAUAGUGAGAUAUACACUGUGGUACAAGAAACGAAUGCGAUUAGAAGCAUUGUUGUUGAGAACAAAGUUUUUACUGAUAGAAUUGAUGCUGGACUGGGUGAUGUGCAUCAGGAUGAAUUGAUCGAAGCGUCUAGAAGUGGAAUUGCAAAUGACUUUGUUGUGCAUUCGUACUUUGGGGAGCAGAUCAUUGCUGACCUGAGAUUUGGCGAAUGCAAAGAUGUUUUUGUGUAUAAGAUUGAUAAGAUGGAAGACAACACACAUGGUUAUAAAUCAAAAGUUGAGCUUUAUUACAGCGAGUCUGCAUGUAUAAGGUUUCCAAAUUAUUUUUUUGAGGCAUUUAUGCUGAGGAUAAGGCAAGAUGAGUACAUGUCCAUUGUGUCUGCAGUUGCACAUGAGACAUCUCCUAUAGAAAAGAUGUUUAAGAAAGAGAUUGAUGUAUACCAAGGUGCACUGUACAUAGAGUUUUUUACGGAUGCGCCUGAUGACUAUACACUUACAAUUCAUAAGGCAAAUAGUGGAGAGGUUGUAUAUGAGAUAUACAAGGUGAUUACAUCGAGGAAGGCUAGAAUGGUUAUUCCGAGUGUGGGUGGGAAAGAAGGAGUGGUGAUUACGCUUGUUCCCAAGUUCAACAGGAACUCAAAAAUCCAUCAUAAGAUUAUCAGUCUUCCAGAAAUGUUCAGAGGCGAAACAUUGGUUGAUUGUAGUAUAGGACUGUCUAAGAACAUGAAGUUCCGCUGUAUGGUGUCUGGAACAACAGAUUCUGUAAUUUUCUGGGAGAAGUGUUGUGAUGACGAGGUCCGUGGGUAUAUAGAGGACAACACCACUAGAGUGGCAAUAAAAGGAUGCGGAACAAUGAGGACAGAUAACAAAGAAUACAGCAUUUACUAUAAGAAUAAGGGAAACAAGAAACGAGAAAUAAGGGUUUUUGUUGGACUGAGCCUGAAGAAAGAGUAA